CCUCAAGGAAAUGCUGUGUUUGUGUUUAUACUUAAGCUGAACUCUCCAACUGUUUGAGCAGAAAACAAUUAAAAAGGCCUAAUUAAGGGUUUAGUAAGUAACUGAGUUCAGUUGGAAUGCAAACCAGAAGACACGGGUCCCCGAGGACCAGGGUUGAGAACCACUGCGCUGGGUUCUAGUCCUGCGGUGGCACUGGUCAGGUAACUUGUUCUCAUUACCACCCACCAUUACAAUUAGAAAUGGGCAACAUGACAGACAAUCAGAUUUCACAAAGGGUGGUGGAGCUGUAAAAGGCUUUGUUUUGACCAGCACGGAGAUUGUUUUGGGAGAAUUGUAUUUUGCUUAACUGUAAACAUAGAUGGUAUCAAAAUUUGCAUUUUUUUUAUUAGUAUUUUCACUCUUCACAAGUUCACUGCACAUUCAUAGCACUUUCAACCAGUUUCAUCGAAAGAUCUCAAGCGCAAAAAUCAAGUUGGUUUCAGAUAUCUAGUAUAUACCUUUUUGAUAUGGCCGUUUCUGUAUUGAACACUGCAUGCAAGCGAUAUGUGCCACAUAUACGGUUAUUCUUGAUAAUGCAUCUACUGUACAGAGACUACCCAUUGCUGUAUUCCAUGAAUUCAUAAUUAUGGUUCUUCAGGUCUUUAUUCAAACCAGGUCAUAUUAAACCUGUGUUGGAUCAGUUUAUCAUAAUGUAUAUUGUGGGUUGUGCGUCACUGAACACUAAUUGAAGGAUUCUAUUAUGACACAAGUGCUACUUUGUAUUAAAGUGCAGUCAAUGCAAGAAGCAUCUAAAGCCCCUUUCACAUCGGCGCUCUUACCCGGGUUUUGGCUACACAGGUUACAAUCCUGCGUAGUGUGAAACCAUGCAGCCAGGUUGACACUGACCUGGGUUGAGUAAGACAAAAUGCAUGAUGAGCCAUCCUAAGUGGACGAAAUAACAUGGCCACGCCUGUGUGAAGGUUUUGCUUCCACAAGGAACUUGUGUGCAUUGCUGUUUAUUCUGUUUAGCUAUAUUUCUGUUGAUUGAGACACACCAUGAGCUAGAUUGCUGCAGCGAUGGCGUGGAGCGAUGAAGAAACAUUUGCUCUAAUCUGUAACAAUCAUGCCACCUUUGAAAGCCUGACCAGAUAAAAGGGUGGUCAUGUAAAUGUUGCUUCUUAUGGAGCGUUGCGUACGCGCAUUGUUGACAGUGCUUCUAGAAAAAGCAGUGUGAAAUCACGCAGAGCAUGCCAGUGAAAGGGGCUUAUGAUUUGAUCGUUUUUACAAAAAUAUAAGUCGGGUGAUGAACAGGUUUAAGAGUAGUUUGCUAGUUGUUUUUUUUUUUUUUUUUUUUUUGGUUCCUGAGAAAUUCCAUAUGGCUUCAGUACAUGGUGCAGAAAUUACCACUGAUCAGAGAUCCUUACUGAUUAGUGAUUCAUGAAUACUUUAGUAUGAACUCUAGCUGGAUGAAAGUGAGAUGUGGAUUAUCAAUUUAGGCUGCUACUUUGAAGAUGAAUGACGUUAUAUAUUAAAUUAAUGUUUUCGUCAUUACUAUGAUUAGUUAAUUAUUUAUUAUUAUUAUUAUUAUUAUUAUUAUUAUUAUUAUUAUUAUUUAUUUCUUAGCAGACGCCCUUAUCCAGGGCGACUUACAAUCGUAAGCAAAUACAUUUCAAGUGUUACAGUACAAGUAAUACAAUAAGAUAAAUACAAUUAAUGUGUCCAGGGGAUGUGUGCAAGUCGUUUGUACAUGACUGCUGGAAAACAAGAGAUGGUGUUUGUUUGUUUGUUUGUUUAUUUAUUUAUUUUAAUACAGUAAUUUAGAAGUACAUAUUAAUUUAAAACCUCUGGAAAAAAUGAACGUUUUUUUUUUUUUAAGAGAAGUUUGUGUUUGAUAAUUUGUAUCCUAAUGUAGAUUCAUUAGCCUUUCUGGAUGACACACAAAAACUGCACUGACAAAAAUACUAUGAUCACGCAAAUAGAAAAUAUAAUGGUAUUUCAGGCAUGUUUAUGAUUAGAUUAUAAAAUAAUAAUAAUGGAAGCUGCACAACCCUGAAAUAUAUUAUCUUAUGUGAAACAUAUUUCAAUCGUUCAUAUGCAGUGGCAGUGCAUAAAAAAUUAUACAUUUCAGAUAGGAUUUAUAAUAUAAAACGAGCAUUGGCAAAUGUUCCCCUUCAUACAUACAUCACGUUACACCUAGUUAUUCUUUUCAACAACUGUAUAAUUAUACCGUAGCAAUAAUUCGCCUUCUCUUUGAUUGCAAGUUUGCCUGAACGUAUUAACAACAAAACAAAACAAAACAAAAAAAAGUUUAAUGUCAUUGUUUAUUAAGGCACAAACUAUAACAAACAUGCAUGUGUUCUAGAACAGUGGCUUUGUGACGUUAGCACACACAAACGCAUUAUCUAAACAGAUUAUCGUGUAGCAUGUAGCAUUUAGUUAUUUAUAUAUUUAUAAUGAUCCCAAAUGAAUAAAUGAUGGUGCUUCGAUCAAGAUGUAUGUGUGCAUUGUUUUUGACACUGGCGCUUACUCGACCCACAUUGUCCUGUAUGAAAUGUCAAAAAGAGUUCGAUAGUAAAUUUUUGAAAUACAAGAAGGAUCUAUGGGGGAAAUCAUCUUGGGCUGGAGAUUUGGUCUUCUGCCAGGGAUACAUUGAUGACUGGAUGGCAGAUGUUAGGGAUGGCUGGAAACAUGAUAUUCGCUACUUUCCGAAACAACUUCAGCGCAUCAACAAGGAUAUGAAAGACAGACUUAUAAAAGCUAUUAAAGACGCUGACCGAAAAUGCAAACAGGACUGCAAUAUACAUCCUGUUGCCAUGGUAAACUGCUGGACCUGCAAAGAAAGAACCAUACAGUGUGGGGUUGACUGCUCAGUUACUUCCUUUCCAACAUCAACACUGCCACCUACCACAACACCCGCUCCAGAUGACAAAACCACAGGAAUCUUAAUAACAGUUGUUGUUGCAUUAUUUGCCAUACUCGGAGGAGUUGGAUAUUACUUAUACUUUGGGAAGAAGAAGAAGAAAGAAGCCAGUAAGGAAGGUGGAGAUGGCGGCAAUGAUAAUGAAGAGGGGGAGGAAAAUGAGAAAAGCAAGGAUGACAAUGAUGAUGAUAAAAGUGAGGGCUAAAAGAAAAAAGAAAAUCUAAAAAGAAAGAGUAUUCAGAUUAAGCCAUGAGAUGAAACAUUAAAUGGUGAAUUUGUUUUCUGAAAUAAACAUUAAUAAUAAAAAAAAAUAUUACCUUUCUGUAUGUCUAUAUUUAAAGAGUAAAUACAUUUUUCUCCUGUUCCUGUACUUUCAAAUUAUGUUUGC